UGUUUGCUUCCCUCCGGGUCAAGGGCUCUGACUAGCGGAAUACAGCUUCGACCGGAAUUAGUUUUUUUGGAGCAGGUUAGGAUAAUUAAUGUUGUAGGUUAGGAGACAGGUUUAGGUUUUAUGGUUAGCUAAAUUGAUCUCCUACCCUGAUGCAAAAAGUCCCUUCCCGUCGUAGCUGUACUCCAUCUAGUCACGAAAAUAUUUGUAAAUUUCCCGCAACAAAAUACUGAACUAUGAUGGGAUGUUUCACAAUGUGACACGUUUUUUUCUACAUGGUGUGAUGUCAUCUUCAUGCGACAAAACAUCGACCAGCCAACAACAAAAUCAGUAGUUCUGUAAAGUAACUAUGUAACAUGAAUUUGAUAGUGAAUAGCCAUACUUUAGAUUUUCCGUAUUCACCCGGAGAUGGCAACGAAAACACUACAAGACAUGGUGCUCGCAGCUUCCUCUUUGCAUAGUGGCAAAAUAGCUGUCACAUUUGACAAGGGAAUACCAGAAGGAGGUCCUAUGUUGCUGUAUUACCACGAUCUUGUUGCUCUUGGAAAUGAAUUAACACUUUUUCUACAGAUACAGUGUGUGCAAAAUACAAGAGCAAUUGCAUUAUAUUGUCAGCCAGAUAUCAACCUUCCUGUGUGGAUUCUGGGCAUCCUCCAGUUACCUGCUGCGUAUGUACCACUGGACCCAGAUGCCCCAGCACUCUUGUCUGCUCGUGUCAUGAAGCAGUGUGGGCUGAAGUACUGUGUUCUACAGAGUGACCUGUUGCAGCAAUUCCAGAUGGCAUUUUCCAACCUCAUGUCUAUAGAGGUGUGUGCAGUGUGGUCUGCUCACAACCUAACCCUCGUAUUAGUACAGCACAGACCAACUGCAGCACGUAAAGAAGAGCCGAAUGCUGACCUGUUUACUCCUGCUGCAGUUCCAGAGAGUGCCAGCCAGGGGGCACUGGCAUAUAUAUUACACACAUCUGGAACCACAGGGCUUCCCAAGACCGUGAGGGUACCACAUAAGUGUAUAGUGCCCAAUAUACUGCACCUGCGAUCUCUGUUUCAGAUGACACCAGAUGAUGUGGUGCUCCUGGCCUCUCCCCUGACUUUUGACCCUUCAGUGGUGGAGAUAUUUUUGGCGUUGUCAUCAGGGGCACGUCUCCUCAUCGUCCCCACUGCGAUUAAGAGAAUGCCCAACAGACUGGCUCAUGUGCUGUUUAAGAAACACAAAACGACCGUCUUACAGGUGACGCCCACUCUGCUUGGGCGUUUUGGAAGGCGUGUCCUACAGGAAGAGGUCCUCUCUGCUGGCUCUUCUCUGCGUGUGUUAGCCCUAGGGGGCGAGGCCUGUCCCUCCCUAGCCCAGCUCCGUAGCUGGAGGCAGCAGGGGAACUGCACUCACAUCUACAACAUCUACGGCAUCACUGAGGUUUCCUGCUGGGCCUGCUGCUACCACUUACCAGAGAGCCUCCUGCAGUCUACUGACGUGGCUGAAUCCUCUGUGCCGCUGGGUCCUCCCCUGAUGGAGACCACCGUGGAGCUAAGAGAUGAGGAUGGCUGCGUCAUCACUCAGGGGGAAGGACAGGUGUUUAUCGGUGGGACGGACAGGGUGUGCCUUCUAGAUGACGAGGUGACUGUUGCUCCUGGUACAAUGCGGUCCACAGGAGACUGGGUGCAGAUUAGAGACACACAUCUCUACUUCCUCGGGAGGCGGGACCGACUGGUCAAACGCCAUGGACAGCGGCUGCAUCUGGACACCUUACAGCAAGUUGUAAUGAGUCUACCCCAGGUGGAGGCAUGUGCUGUGGGUCUGUAUGAGGGGUCUCGGCUGGUGGCCUUUGUCGUAGCCUGCUCUACGUCUGGAGAACAAAAGGCAACCCAUUCCUCCUCCCCUGUAGAGCACCAGGUAGAGCAUCUUGAAGAGACUGCCCCCUCAACUAGAGGCCUACAGAAGGCCAUCCUCCACAGGUUGUCUCAGGUCCUACCCAGUCACAGUGUUCCAGACACCCUAGUCCUGGUCCCGGCCCUACCACUAUCUUCACAUGGGAAAGUGUCUAUGGGUGAACUUAUGAAGAUCUACCAGAGACAGAGAGCAGGUUCAGAGUCGCAUAGUGCACUGGGGGACAUGGAGACACUGAGAGAGAGACUCCAGUCUCUGUGGAGGGAGACUUUAGGUCUAACGGAGGAUGAAGCCAUCCAGGAGGACUCCAACUUCCUGUUAAGUGGAGGCGACUCUCUGCAGGCCCUGCGUCUCUGUGAUGACAUCACCACUGCUGUUGGAGUGACCUCAUCAGGGCUUCUGGAGGUUAUCCUGGACGGAUCCUUCUCAGAAAUACUGCACCAUGUUACCAUAGCAACACUGCCUUUCCCAUCUGAGCACAGCCGGACAUCCCAUCCUGUGUCCAUGAAACGCCCAGCAGACCCUGUCUCCUCAGCACAGCCAAAGAGACAGCAUACAGACCCCUACUCUACAACAGCUGCAGAAUGGCCUCUGGGAGUUGUAGUUUCUUCUUUGAAGAAGGCUGUAAGAUGUACAGUGGUAAGGAGAGCAGGGGAGGUUGUAGAGAUGGGACAGUCAGACUCUUUGAGGACCAAUGAAAACUCCUACUCAGACUCAGAGGGACCAAUCAAAAGAACGAGAAAUACACAGGAAAAAGGAGCCAAUGAGAGUAUAGAAUCCAACCACUCCCAGACAUUUGGAUCCAAUAAGUGGACAGAAAGCAACCAUUCCCAGGCUGUGGAAACCAAUGAUCCCAGUGCUAGCAGUGUUACCCCUCCCUCCAGAGAGGCUGGUGGUCUGGGGUUGGUGGUGAGCUGGGAGUCAGACACAGGGAGGUGUGUAGACGCCUCUCCAGUCCUGCUGGUCCAGAGAGGAGCGGACGGGUCCUCAGGAGGCACCAGGGCCACAGUGUUCAUUGGCUCCCAUUCCCACAGGAUGCAGGCCCUGGACCUGACCACCGGGGGUCUGCUGUGGGAAAGGGUUUUAGGGGACAGGAUCGAGUCCUCUUCUGCUGUGUCCCGAUGUGGAAGACUCGUCGUGGUUGGGUGCUAUGAUGGUGGUGUGUAUUUCCUGUGUGUGGAGUCUGGGGAGACACAGUGGGUGUUUGAGACUGGAGACGCAGUGAAGAGCUGUCCUACUGUGGACCCUCUCACAGGCCUAGUGAUGGUGGGGUCGCAUGAUGGCCACGUCUAUGCCCUCGACCCACAGGUUCGGCAGUGUGUUUGGAAGCGCCACUGUGGGUGUGGGGCGGUGUUCUCCUCACCCUGUCUCCACCCCUCUCUCAGGCAGCUGUAUGUAGCCACCCUCGGAGGACAUCUCCUCUGUCUCAAUCCUGACACUGGUGCUGUCCUGUGGACAUAUUCCAGGAAGACUCCAUUCUUCUCCUCACCAAGUUGCUCCUCAGGUCACAUCAUCAUCGGCUCUGUGGAUGGAAACAUCUGCUGCUUCAGCCACACAGGGGAAAUGGUCUGGCAGUAUGUGACCAAUGGACCAGUUUUCUCAUCCCCCUGCAUCACACCAGACAAGCAGAGGGUUGUGUGUGGGUCACAUGACGGGUGUGUGUACUGUCUGAACUGUACUGACGGCUCAUUGGUGUGGCGCUAUCAGACCCCCAGCAGGGUGUACUCCAGCCCCUGUGUGUUUGACGGGUCAGCCUGGGGUAAGGAGGGUACAUUGGUAGGCCUGGCCUCCACAGACGGGACCCUGUGCAUUCUGGAUGGAGAGGAUGGGACCUUGAGAGCAUCUCUCUCUCUGCUCGGGGAGCUGUUCUCCUCUCCUGUGGUGUGGGAGCGCUCCCUGGUGGUGGGAUGUCGCAAUGACUUUGUGUAUUGUGUGGCGCCGACAGGGGAACUCCAAUAGAUUCCUGAGAUAUGAUAUCGUGUUUUUGUACCCUCUUAUAAAAUUAAAGAAUAAGAU